AUGGCAGCAGAAAGCAGUGUAAAAGUGCCAAGAAUCAAGCUGGGCUCACAGGGACUGGAAGUGUCUGCGCAAGGACUUGGAUGCAUGAGCAUGUCAGCUUUCUACGGCACACCGAAGCCCGAGCCGGACAUGAUCAAGCUCAUUCACCAUGCCAUCAACUCUGGGGUUACCUUUCUUGACACCUCCGAUGUCUAUGGGCCGUACACCAACGAAAUACUUCUCGGAAAGGCAUUGAAGGAUGGCAUGAGGGAGAAAGUAGAGUUGGCCACAAAAUUUGGGAUUAAAUUUGAGGAUGGGCAGAUGGUCACACAUGGAGACCCUGCCUAUGUACGAGAGGCCUGUGAGGCCAGUUUGAAGCGGCUUGAUAUUGAUUGCAUUGAUCUUUAUUACCAACAUCGAAUUGAUACACGUGUGCCUAUUGAAGUCACGAUGGGAGAACUGAAGAAACUAGUGGAAGAAGGUAAGUUAAAAUAUAUAGGCCUAUCGGAAGCCUCAGCUUCAACUAUCAGAAGAGCACAUGUUGUUCAUCCAAUAACAGCCGUGCAGUUGGAGUGGUCUUUGUGGACAAGAGAUGUGGAGGAAGAUAUAAUUCCCACUUGCAGAGAACUUGGCAUUGGAAUAGUAGCAUACAGUCCUCUUGGACGGGGAUUCUUGUCCUCUGGUCCGAAAGUGGUCGAAACUUUCUCUGAAGGGGACUUUCGAAAGUUAGUACCAAGAAUGCAACAGGAGAAUUUGGAGCACAAUACGAGACUGUUUGAGAGGUUGAAGGAUAUGGCAAAUAAAAAGGGAUGCACCCCUUCACAGCUAGCUUUGGCUUGGGUACAUCAUCAAGGAAGUGAUGUAUGUCCAAUCCCCGGUACUACGAAAAUCGAGAAUUUCAAUGACAACAUAAGAGCAUUGUCUGUAAAACUGACGAAAGAAGACAUGUCUGCGCUUGAAUCUAUUGCUUCAGCCGGUGCUAUCAAGGGCGAUCGAUAUCCAUCUGAUUACAUGGAUACUUGGAAAAAUGCAGAUACUCCCCCUUUGUCAUCUUGGAAAGCAGCUCCAUGA